AUGCAAAGGUCGCCAAGAGUAAAAUUUAAGCCACAAGCACCAAAGGGCCUUUCUCGUUUACACCGCUUGAGUGACUUGGGAUAUCCUGAUUACUAUCCUCCUCGGGAAAACCAAGAUGAGGAUCAAAUGACCGAAGACAACGUACGUAAAGGUUUCACAUACACUUCACUAAUUUCUGACGAGUCAGCAACUCGACAUGACACUAUUUAUGCAAAUUUGAAAGGAGGUUUAGCGUUAAAAAAUAUGGGUGACUCAAUGUUGGAUUUAUUAAAGAGGAAGAGAUACGAGGAUGAAGAAGAUAUCGAGCCAUUUAACGCAGUCAUACCAUUACCAAAACGUGUAUGGAUGGAUGAUCGUAAGACGGAAGUUUGGUGUGAUAAAAUUGAUGCUCCGGAAUUGGCUGAUCUGAUUAAAGAUGGUAUGCCACUUCAUCUUCGUGGCGAGGAACUACUCAUGGUUUUGUGUCAACGACGACCAAAUUUCAUGAGGGCUCUUGAGUUGAUCAAGCUCGUAGGGCAACUUGAAGAACCUAAUUAUAAAAAGAAUUGGGCAGUGACUUGCUCCGAGUUUUUGAAACAGAAAGUGCAUAUUUUGCAACCUAAGGAAUGGCGAUAUAGUGUACAAUUGUCAAGAUUUCAAUAUGAUGAAGGAUUGACCGAUCAACGUAUUUUAAAAUUAAUUCUGGAUCAUAUAAGAACUUUCACUGAUCAUAAUUAUAUCGCAUUGUGGCUUUCUUUGGUGAUCGAAUUCUUAUCGAUAUAUACAGGAUCUAGAACUUUAAUGCGAUUGUUAAUUGAUUAUUUGCUCAAAAAACUAAAAGAGUUUCAACUACCGCCCUCGCCUACGCCGCCGACUCCUACUACUUCGUCAUCUACUGUUCAAAGCCCAGAUGGAAAUCGCAAUUCUCAUGCUGCUCCUACUACCGCUAAUGCUAUUCUGUGGGCAAGUUUUGUCACGUUGCCAGAUAUGUUUGUUAAUCCAAAACAUUGGUACACAUAUAAAGAUGUAAUACAAAACAUCAUAUUCGAAAGUCAUUUUAAUGAUGAGAAUGAUCGAUCAAAGUCGGCUGGACAUCGUACUAUCGAAGAAGAAGAAACUCUUCGAAUUUGGGAAAAGGUACGACGACGAAAUGAAUUUUUUUCCGAUUCAAAGGAGGAAUUAAUUCUUCUCGAAAAGAAUUUAUCAAAAGAGCCACGCAACAGGCUUUUUAUUAUUCUUGAUAAAGUAAAUCGGGGUACAAAUUACGACGAAUUGGCAGCUGAAUAUUUUCCUGGGAAAUCGAUAUACUUCCCGAUAGCAAAAAAUGAUAUAUCAUCUCGUAUUCAAGCAUUAUGCUAUUGGGCGGCGACCAAUACUAAGGUCAGUGAUCAUAGGCCAUAUGUAGCGUGCACAAUUCUGUCAAAAUGGAAGAAGAGAAAUGACAUUUCAAAUGAUGAGGAUGAAAAAUGUGAACGACAAGAUCUACUUCAGGAUUCAUUACUUACAUUUUUGGAUGAAUAUGAUUGUGGAAGUGCAAUUCAAGGAUACGAAUUUGUCGCACAUCUUUUUAGCGAGUUAAUUAGAUGUAAUCAUUUCUCACCUAACAAAUACAUUCAACGGUUGAUAUCAAGAGGUGAUCUUACUAACAGAAAUGAUGAAAGAACACUGCGACAUCUUAAAUAUGUUGAGUGCUUUCCUUUAUAUUCAUCCUCAGUAUAUCUGUAUAAUCAACGUAAAUGGGUUCUAUAUGGCAUUGGUUGUCAGAAUAAAGAUGAAGAGAUGACGUUUAAGAAUUUGCGCGAGAAAAUAAUGGCAAAAUUGCCUCGAAUGUUUGGCGAAGGAGCCGAUAAUCUUGAUGCACCAGUGGAUGAUAAUCCAAUCGAUGAUUUUGAGUUAUCUCUUCCACUUGAUCAAGAGACGUGUGCUAUUAUCAAAAACACUACGAGAUUCAAUCAAAUGCUCCUAACACAGAACUGGUUAGUACCUAGAGUAAAAGAGUUUAUUCAGAAGGCGCCAAUAACCGAUCAAAACUGGCGAAAUAAGUCGCAACCCGGCGCUACUUUAUUAAAUGCGAGACAAUUUGCUACUAUUGUACAAGUUUUAGAGCAUGCACGAGAUUUCAAUUCGUUGAUCGACUUGUCAUUAUGGGUGUUGGAAAAAACACUCGAAAGUAGUUUAUUCCCAGUGAUUAUAGAUACAUUUGCGCGACAUGAAAUAGUUUGGGCUGCUAUGGAUAGAGCCAAAGAAGUAUUUAAUGCAUUACACUCAAAACAUAAAUAUUUACGAGGUAAAAAAUCAAUUGAGCGAAAUAUAGUAGAAUAUAUGUGUCAACUUUGUGGAUUAAUACCAAAAAGGGAGCCAGCAGGAAAUAAAGACCAACAGGUCAAAGAAUUCUUCAAUAAACUACUUACAGACGUACAAAAAGGUCAAUUAAUUGAGGAACUCAAAGAUCGGCUCAAGCUUUCAUUGCAAUUUACAAAAUAUUGGGAUAAAAUUGGCAUUGAUUCUUCUCAACCUCGUGUAUUAGAUAUUGCUCGCAAAUGCAAAAUUUCACACAAUACCUGGGUGCGUAAUGAUCGAGCUAAUGAUUGUCCUUAUAGCAUACUUAAUUUCGCUAUUGAAAUUAUUCGCGAACACGCUGAAGAUUAUUAUGAGUUUCGAGUGAUUCGAAACGUAAUAACAAUUUUCGGUGAUAUUCUUCGAGAUAUUUGUGAUCGAACUAAGGAUGGAUGUUUAGAUACGGUCUUUAAAUUUUGCAUAGAGCAACAUGUUUCGGUGGAAGAUGGUAUCUUCAAGCAACCGAAUGCUAUUUGGUUUUUAUUCUUUUUAGAGACAUUAGUUGUAAGACGUUUAUUGUCCAUCGAUACUCUAAUAGCAGAAAUAAUUGAUAAUUUCGAACGACUUGCCAACAAAUCAUUGACUGACGAAGUUCUCAACGCUACAGAGAUAGACGAAACCAAAAAUUUAACAUUGCUUAUGAGUAUAAUAUUUGCCCAAGAGGGUGGAGACUUGAACGAAGAUUUGGGAUUAUGUACGAUAAAUAUUCAAAUGCUACAAACACAUUGUGUUUCCCUUUCCUCUCAUAUCUUAACCUCGCUUUCGACCAUAAUUCUCAAUUUGACGACGAUUGAGUCCAGACUUCCGCUGAAUAAUCCUCUAGUGGAACAAAUCCAAAAAUUCUGCAAGGAUCUGGCUAACACUUUUUGGUUUCGUCGAAUUUGUGCAAAUUAUCCUAAAAUAGCUUAUCAACUUUUUGUGGUUCAAGCUCGGGAAAGUUCUGUCAAAAGUGCCGAAAUGAAAAUGAUUGAAAUAAUGCAGAUGGCAUUCGGGGAAGGAGAUCCAAUUCAUCAUCACUUGGCUACGCAUUCAUCUUUUGCUUAUCUCGAAUACUUUAAAUAUAUCUUGUCACAAAUUAAUUUUUGGAACAUUCAUGUAAUCGCGAUUCAAUUUCGCUUAUGCAUGGAUAGUUUAAUGCUUUCAAAAAAUACAUCUACUCUGUCACCUGAAGAAAAAACAACGACAACCGAUGCACAAGGAGAUAUAGUAAUGAGCGAUGCGAGUAGACCUGAAUCUCAACAUUCAGAUGCGAAUGAAUCGAGCAUAGAAACAGCUAUCAUCAAAUACUUUUGGGAAGAAGUUGUGUUGCAGCAACAAUUCGAUGCUUGCAUCAUUAAAGAAUUAGUUGAUGGCGUUCGUAAAGAUUUUGCGCAUAUAAUGCUAGAUUAUGGCAUGCUUGUGCUAAAAAGACGUGAGCCACUAAUACCUGGUAUAGAGCAUAUUUUUCGUGCGUUGCUGAGAACAAUAAAUGAUGAAGAAAAAAGUAUUGUGUUAAGCGAAGAAUUACUUUCCCAGGUCAGCAGCUUAUGUGACGAAAUUUCAGAGGGGAAUUUCCAAUCUGCAGUGAUAUCCCGGAUUCACAUCCUAAUACCAUUAACUGAUGCGAUACUUUCACGAGUAUCUGGCGUCCAACCGGAAAAAAGAAGUACUCACGAGAUGUUUGAAAAAAUUCGAGAAUGUCGAUUAAUCGAGCAAUGGGUGUUCACGUUAAUUAAUUUACUCAUCAGCGAUCGACUUCACGAAUUGGAUAGUGAUCCAGCUAAUUUUGACAUUUUAUUGGAUCUCGUAUCAUUUUUGCUGGAUGAAAUGGGCACAAAGGCAAGAGUAAUUCUUGCGGGUGAAUUGAAAAAAGCGACUUUUGUUUUGCCAUCCAUGUGGGAAGAACGCAUCCGACGAAUAUUACCACUUCGAACGACUAAACAGCAUAUUGGGGCAGAUGGAAAGCCCGUGAAUGCAUGGAAAGUGACAGAGUAUAUUGGCAAGAACAAAGUUUUAGCGGCAAAUGAUGCUCAUAAUUUGUGGCCAGGUGCCAAAAUAUAUCUUCGUCCAAAGUCAAGAAAAGACCAAAUGACAAUAACAAAUUAG